CAACUCUGGGCAUGCGCGAGUCAGUGUGAUGACACACUAGUUUUUCAAACGCCCCGUUCUACUUGUAACAACGUUCUUUAUUGUAACAAACUUGCCGGAGAGAGCGUUCUCAAAAGUAUCCGUUCUAGGUUUUAGGAGCUAAUACUCCGCGAGCGUGUGGACGAGAGGAGAGGAACAUCUCCGUUUGAAGAAAUUAUCUGUGCAGGUAUACGAUAGCCAGGAUCGGAGCAACACGUCAGAACUGUACACCUGAGGACUCAAGUUUCCGCAAUUCUCUGACGCUCCAUCAUGGCGGCGGUGGACGAGAGUCCGUUUUCUCUGAUUAGUCUGGAGGAUGAGCUGACCUGCAGCAUCUGUCUGAGUCCCUUUGACUGCCCGGUGACCAUCCCCUGCGGACACAACUUCUGCCAGGACUGCCUCCUCGCCACCUGGAAGGACUCCUACAGCUGUCCUCAGUGUCGGACCCACUUCGCCACCAAACCGGAGCUGAAGAAAAACACGGUCCUCAGCAGCGUCGUGCAGACCUUCAGCUUGAGGAGCAAGAGCAAGAGCAAGAGCAAGAGCGAAGCCACCCUGAUAGCAGAGGAGAGCGAAGCCGAGAAGGAGGAUGUCAUACGUUGUGACACAUGCAUGGAAGCAGAAGCGUCGCAGACCUGCCUCACCUGCAUGGCCUCUUUCUGCGAGGAGCACCUGCGGCCUCACCGGGAAAACCCCACCUUUAGGCUCCACCAGCUGAGUCAGCCCCUCGGCGACCUGUCGGAGCGGAUCUGCCCGGACCACCACAAGCUGAUGGAGCUUUUCUGCAGCCAACACAGCCGUCCUAUCUGCAGCCUCUGCCUUCAGCAGGUGCACAAGGGCUGCUCCUUCAUAUCCCCCGAGGAGAAGAGGAACCUGACAGAGUCCGACCUGAGGGGCAAAUUGGAUUUGCUGGACGGGAAGAUAACGAAGAAUGAGAAUGUUAUACGUCAAAUGGGUGACAUGCAGAACAACCUAAAGGACUCAGCGACCAACAGGAAGAAGGCUUUGGUAGCGGAGUAUCAGCAGAUCCAGGAUAUGUUAGCACGAGAGGAGCGUGAAUCUCUGAAUGCAGUGGACCGCGAGCUGGAGGGUGGUCAGACUAAACUCAAGGGUCUCGCAAAGAGGUUCACUGAGAACGUUAACAAUAUGAGCAAAGCCAAAGAAGAGAUCCACAGUCUGCUGAGUCAGUCCCAAACUCUGGCCUUCCUACAGGCUUCAUUUGACCUGCCCCCAGCUGUGAACUUUGAGCCUUCCAUCCCUCGAAUCAGCCUGGACUCCAAGAAUGUGACAGCAACACAGGCAUUUUCUGCUCUCUUGAAGGAGUAUCUGACAGAGAUCCUUAAACAGCCUGUUAAGGCCAGACUCCUCUUACUUAAACCAGAAUUUAAGACUGACAUUGUUGCAUCUGAUGAAAAAGCAGUUCCUGGCUCAACACCUGCAAGUUCUGGAAGUACUGGAUCUCAUCCAGAAUCUGAAGUAACCAAGCCUCCAAAGCAGAAAAGACAGCCCAGGUCCCGCAGUUCAGGUCGUGUACCCAUCCCAUUACUUCAGCCAUUUCGUAGGCCUUAUAUGGAGCCACCAGCAGGCUGGAAUCCACAUCAGCAUCCACAUGGCUCCUAUAUGGCUCCUCCAUUUAUGGAUCCUUCAUUUAUGGGAGGACAUAAGACAAAUAUAAACACUGGCAUACUUGGAGCGUAUAAAGAGGUUCUACCUGUUAGCUGGUCUUCUGAGCCACCAUGGACAGGUCCAGGUCCCCAACCCAAAUCGGGCCCAAAGAAGAAACCUCAACAACCAAAACCUCCCCAAGCCACAGAAGACCACAUGGGGAAAGGGAAUCUUGACCAUUCAAUGGAGAACCUGAUCGAUUUCGGUGGGAAAGACAAAUCCAAAGGCUGUACUCCUGCAGCUAAAUCCAAAGAGACAGCAGAAACAACGGACAUUCCCCCAAACAUAACAUCAGCUAUACCAAGAACCGAACUUCUGAAAUAUAGUACGAUACUCACUUUGGAUCCAAAGACGGCCCACAAACGCAUUGCACUGACAGAGAACUUCACUAAGGCAUCUGUGUCAGAUGAACAGACCAACUACCCCGACUGCCCUGAACGCUUCGCCGUCUGCUCCCAGGUGCUGGCCUCCAAGGGAUUCUCUAGAGGACGCCACUACUGGGAAGUCAAACUGAGCAGCAACAACUUCAUUGGCAUCGGCUUGGCUUACAGCAGCAUUGACCGCAAAGGUCCCACCAGUCGACUGGGCCGCAAUGGCCAGUCCUGGUGUGUCGAGUGGUUCAACGUCAAGCUGUCAGCUUGGUAUAACAGCAGUGAGACUGUGCUAGUCAAUCCCAAUCCAAAGCGCAUUGGUGUGCUGUUGGAUUGUGAGGUGGGUACUGCUACGUUCUAUAACGUGGCAGACAGGGCAUAUCCCUUCCACUCCUUUGUGUUCCCCUUUGCUGAAGCUGUGUAUCCAGCUUUCUGGAUUUUCUCAAGUGGCUCGUCUGCUUCUUUGUGCAAGCUGCAGCCAUCAGGAGCAGAUGCAAAUUGAUGGCAUGUGCAGGCACAUACAUAUACACAGUCAGCCCUAUGCUGUCAAAACAUUCAUUAUUAACCCAGUCUUUAUUUUUCAUAGCAAGAGACUGGCCGCCCCUAGCACAGUUGCAACUAAAUCGCAAUUAGUGAUGUUGGAAAGGGUCUGGUCAAAUAAUUAUAAUCCCCACUAUUGAUUACUGCUCAGUGUCAUUCUGUUAGCUCUGCUUCAAACCAAGAUAAUGAAGGUUAUUCUGCCCAGUCUGUCAUAGCUACUGUAACUCCUUAGUGGUUGUCCUUAGCUAUGAUGCUGAAUUUGUAGUUAUAUGACCCAAAAACACAGGAAAAGCAAUAUACCUCAUGUUUUACAGUCUAUAAACUGCAUGUUAAGGGAUUAGGAUGCACUUCCGUGUCCCAAUUACUUCAUAAUAAGUAAUUAAAGACAAGAUAAAAAUGUCUUUUUGAAGCUAUAUUAUAAUGUAUACUACAUGCGGACGUAAUACAGGCAUAAUUCUGUGUUUAAUGGCAAACGAUGGGCAAGAUCAAAUAUCUUCCCAUUUUCAUUAUUUUUCAUUUCAAUAAACGUAAUUGAAACUGGUCCAAAAAUAAAAGAGCAAGUAAUGAAGGCAGGUGUGCUGUCAGUAACCUUCAGCCAGUUGCCUUGAUGGGAUGAAGCCGGGAGGAGUGGUAGCUGGGUUUUCUUGUGUUGGUCUGAAUUGUAGGCGGUUCAAUCUACUUCCUCCUCUACUGGGAUUAUAACAGUGCACAGUAACGCACACUGUGCAUGUACAGUAUGUGUGUGCUAGUAUUGUGAAUGUGACUGGAUAAAGAAGUGAAUUAAUGACGUCACUCUCCAGCAUAUGUCAGUGCAGCGAUUUCAUAUUAAUUCUGCAUGUUUGUUGAUUGUUUUGGAGUAUACUGAAGCGUUGCUCCUAAAGGUUUAGGGCUGGGUGAUGUGGUGAAAUUGUUAUCACAAUUGUUUAGAUACCAAACAAUACUUAACUAACCAUGUUAACAUGGGUUGCAACUUCCUAGAAGCCUGCCAUGAGUGACUAGAAACAGAUUUGUUUCUGUGAUAUGAUUGGCUAUGCAGGGUACCCAUAGAAAUAGAAUAGGAGUGCAACAGACAUUUAACUGUUUUUUGUGGUCAUUAAACAAAUUUAGUACAUUAGUACAUUGUUAGUACAAAACCAUAGCUAGCAUAGCUAGUUAGCUGGUUUUGUGGUGGAAUUUGUGGUUUUACUUUAAUGCUACACUGGUUACAGAAAAUGAGCCAAACAAAGUUGGCACUCUGGUGAUGGCAAUGUGCUACGCUGUUACAAGAGUGUGUGGACGAAGCAUUAAGAUGUUAAAUCAAGCUCAUUUACUCUGGCUCUUGUAACGUUACAGCUCAUUUUAGUUGUUACUGCAAAACCUCACUUCAGUACCAUAAGUCGUUUUAGUUUACGGAAGAAAGACCACUGCAACAGUCACGAUGGCAACGGUACACAAAAAGUGCAUCUCCAAGUUGGUUUGGUGGGAAGUAUCCAUUCUACUUCUAGUGUAGCCGACAGGACAAAGUACUGAAACUUUGUCAAGAUAAGCACAUAUAUCGUUCGCAUCAACUAUUCCUAUAUUGUCACUUCCUCAACUCUUUGACUGGUUUGGCUGAUGAGAAGUCAUAUAGACUGUUUUCUUCAAGUCCAGGUGGUCUCUUUUUUUUCUUUUAGAAUAUUUCUUUGGUAUUUUGCCUUUUUAUCGGUGGAGUUUAUGCCAGCAAAUAAGUGGAGAAGAUGGAUAACCUGCAGAAAAUGGUCCUUGGCCAAAUAUGAACCCGGGACGUGAUGCUUGCAGGGUGUGCCCCAUAUAAAUAAUAUGUAACACAAUUUUACAUCUUUGAUGGGCAUAUUAAACUAACAAGCCAUCAGACUGCUCUGUUGGGUUUUCUUAAAGUGGUGGAAGGGUAGUUAGAUAUACAGAUUCACGUUGAUAAUUUGUUGGAUGAUACAAAGUUGACCCCCGGCCUGUAAGAUGACGUUCCACCACAAUCAUGCUCAUCUUGUAGCUGCUAAAAGGUGUGAAACGACAAACUGUUUAGGCGUCAAGCAGUAGAGAUCUGUCGACACAACAGUCAGUAUGUUAAGAGUGAUGUUUUUAUAUCUUUGUUCCACUAACUUCACUGCAUUGAAGGUGGUCAGACAACACUGUUGUCCAGAAGGACUUUACUGAUAUCCUUGUAAAGGUUCAGACAUGUUGACCGCUGCAUUAAUCAGUUUAAUGUUGGUUAAGUUUAAAGAUCUCUGCAAGGCAUUUCAGGCAAAAGUACAGACCUUUAUUCUUAGGUUACAUGAGAAUAUUUGGGUAUGGUACAUCCCUGCAUCACUGACUGAACCUGUAUAGUGGAAUCUGCUGUUUUCACUAUUUAUCAACACAUUAGAACAGUGUGCUUUGGGACACGUAUCUUAGUGAAACUAUCAAAAGAUUUCCACUAUCACAAAGAGUGUUGACACCGGUUUGCUCCUACCAACGACCUUAAAUAGCAUCACAAGCCCACUGCUCCUUAAUAACUAAGGAUGGGUCAAAUGCAGAAGAAGAAUUUCCCCACAGGGAUAAAUAAAAGUGUAAAUGUCUUUGUUCUUUCUCUCAAGUGUAUCUAUGCUUAGCAGAGUAAAGCAGUUCAAGUUUAUUUCAUGAAACAUAUGACUUAAUUGCUUGUGCCUUCUAUUUUUAGAGCGUAAUAUGAUGACACAGACUCCAGUGGCUUGCAGAUCAAUAUGUAUGUUUGCUGAUCCUUAACUGAAAUAAAGUUCCUUGUUCUUUGCAUCUACUAUUUUCAAGUGUACCAAUACAUUGGAUUUGACCCAAACUGCAUGCUGUAAAAAGUUCACUCAAACUUACUUUUGUGUAAUAAUGUAUGUGUGGUGGUUGUACCCAACACUGUUGUUAAGUUAAUUUGUAUUAAACCAAUUAAAAGAUG